CGUCGAUCCGUGAUGUGAUGACGCGUCGAGUGAGAGAAAUGCGGCCGAAUUCGCGACGAUUCAUUCGACACAAUGCCGGUUCAUCGGCACCACUCGUUAGCUUCCUAUACCCUUAGAGGCGUCUUCACAGGUGCGUAAGCGCAGGUAAGCCCCCGUCGCCCGCGCACUGCCCCCCGCGCCGCCCGCGCACUCGCCCGCCAUCUUGAAUUCCGCUCACUCAGACGGCAGACCCGCGCCCGUCUCGCGGCCGUCGCACGUACGCCGUUCGUGUUGCGAGCGAUUUGACAAUUAGUUAUCAAUUGCGGUGCCUUCGAGUGAUCGAGUGUCAUGUGAUAGUGCAAUGUUAAAAAUGGAAUCGACGCCGAUCUGUCGGUGCCGCGUGUUGUAUCUCGGUUCUGCGGUGCCGCAACAGAGCAAGGACGGUUUACAGGGCAUCCAGGAGCCUUUGCGCGAGCUGUAUCCGGAAAAAGGGGCGACCACCGGCGGAAUAGACUCGUGGCUAUCGGUGUGGUCGAAUGGCAUCUUACUAGAAAAUGUGGAUGAGAGCGGGUCGAGGGUAUCGAGGUUUUUCCCGAUUUCGAGUUUACACUAUUGUGCUGCCGUAAGACGUGUGAGUGUCGAGGGUGCGCCUAGAUUUUUACCAUUGGAUUCUCCGUUUGCUAGAGCGCCAGCGGCGAGGCGACCUCCUUUAUUUGCGGCUGUUUUGCGCCGAACACAAGGUAUUAAGGUUCUAGAAUGUCACGCGUUCAUUUGCCGCCGCGAAGCUGCUGCGAAUGCCCUUGUAAGAUGUUGUUUUCACGCUUAUGCUGAUAGUUCUUAUGCAAAACGCUUAGAGGCCGAACGAUCUCCGUCGCAGUUACCUCCGGAUCACGACGAGGAAGUAGAGGUAUUCGAUGGAGAUGAAAAUCAUAAGGUUUGGGUAGGAGAAAUAGAACGCGAUGAUGCAAGUGACGACAUUCCUCACCCGACUCGGGCCCCGCGCCCUCGACAGAUUACGCGACCUGCGUCCGUACCACCUCCUCCCCCGCCACCAGAAGAGCCUAAAAAGAAAACAAUAUCAAAGAAAUCAAAAAAGAAAUCGUCUGCAUCUGCCGAUGAACUAUACGCAACAAUGCCUGGGCCCGCAGCUGUAAUGAAUGGAAGGUCAUUAGGGCGUGCACCGCCAGCUUGGGCGGCGGCGGGCCAUCCGAUGGUAUUAGUAGCGCACCCGGCAGCUACUCUACCGCACGCGAGACCUGCGACAAUGGGUCACAGGGGUCGCCUGCCAGCAGCUUUAGCUCCAGGCCCUUUUCCGCCGGUUCCUCCUCCUGGUCGAGGUCGCAUACAAUAUGCAACAGUUGAUCCAAGGCGUUCAAAGCCACCUCCAUCGGCUAUGAAAGCUGCUCAAAGUAUGACAGGCUUAGAAGCAGUGGAGGAUGCUGGAGGUAUCUACAGAAAAAAGGGUCAUUUGAACGAACGAGCAUUCUCUUACAGUAUAAGACAAGAGCAUAGAAGUCGAUCGCAUGGGUCUCUCGCUAAUCUAAAAUUCGCUGCUCCACCCGAGGUAGAGACAGGUCGAGAAGAACUUAAGAAAGAGCGUGAGAUAAUGCAACUGGUGGCAGGUCUUCAGCUCAACUCGGAUGACGUUGAGCGCCGCGAAGUACCGCCUCAUAUGCUGCGCGCGCGGCACGGACCAAGAUAACACCACGCCACGUCAGCAGUGCCAAGUCAGCCUCGAGUUUUAGAAUAAACGAAAACUGAGCGUGUAUAUUACAUUCAUUUCAACGAAGUUGUUUGAACCAUGAAUUAUACCGAUAGUUGCAAGCAAUCGCACGGAUGUUGAAUAUCUAUUGCUAAAUUGAUUCGAUGUCAAUAUAGUACGAUUCAUUUGCAUCGAUUUGUCACGAUUGUUCUAAUACUGGAACGCAAUAUUCGAACGAUAAAGACAAUGUCUGGCAUGAAGUAAUGUCUUUGUUGUAUGCGAUUCGUUUUUCAUUAAUCAAUUGACAUAUGAGUAACUGUCAAAUUUCAACGAGACAAAAAAAAACAAAUAAGUCACUUUUCGAUUGCAUAUAUUUACAGAGUAAAAAUAUUUAAGUACCUGUAACUGACGAGUUUUCACGUAAAAAAUAAUAUAGAAAUUAUUUUACAAAAAAUUAAGAUAUAUCCGCUGUUAAGUUUUAUAAUGGAUUAAUGAAUUAGUGUUAAAUGAUUUUAAAUGGAAGCACCAUUGUCAGAUUAUCGUCCGUGUUAAUAACUUAUAAAUUGAGGAAAGCACGAUAAAACAAUAUGAUAUUUAAUUGUUUUUAGCAAUAAAAUCACGCGAGCAUUCCUUUAUUUUGAAUUAGUUUGAAGUAUUCUUAUUGAACACGUCACUUGAUAUAAAGAACCAGUCAUAUAUGAUAAUAAAUAAGACUUAGUUAAAUAAAAGAGAAAUGUGAAGAUUCCUCUGAAUAUAAAUGGUAUUUCGUCACGGAUAGGUACUUUGUGCGUAAAUAAAAUAAAGUCCAAGUUUAUGUAAUAGUUAUAAAAAAAUUAAAUACUGUAAUAAAGAAAGAUCUUUAUGAAUACAAUAAAACAAAAUAUUUUUUAAAACAUUUCGGUAUUAUUAAAUUAAAUUAAUUACAUAUCUGAAAGAAUUGAAAUGUAGUUUUUUUAUUUAUAUUAUACUAGAAAUGUCUCGCGGUUUCACCUACGUCUAAGGAUUAUAUGUGCCUGUUUCAUAUAGUUUGCCAUAUUGGUAGACGUUUUUAGUGUGUGUUCCGCUUCCACAUCGUCAAGUUAUAUAGCCUAUAAACUUCCUCAAUAAACGGGCUAUCUAUUGAAAAAAGAAUAAUUCAAAUUAGUCAGGUAGUUCCUGAUAUUAGUGCUAUCAACCAUACAAAUUCUAUAGCUUUAUAAUAGUAUUGAUGUCUUGUGUUUUUUUUGCGUGUUUCUAUGCUAAUUGAUAUUAAUAUUCUGCCAAUGUCAAGUAUAAUUAUAGAUGUAUUUUUUUCGAUGGACAAAUAAAAUACUACAUUCUGAAGAGACAGAUGUCAUAUGUCAAUUAUAAAAAUUCAUUUUUAAUCUGUUUUUGCACUAAAUUCAGGUCUGUAUACACAUGUAAAGUCGUUUCAAGGCAGACUACUCUUUAAAGACCAAUUGUUCACAUGUUUUUAAACAAUAUUCGCUCUGCGUUUUCAUUAAAAAAACUGUAUCCAUUUCCACUAGUAAAUACGUAGGCCCUUGUUUUUAAUAGUUUGUAUAUAUUUACUGGCCAAAGAUAACUCUACAAUAUAUUCGAAAUGCAGUUAAUAGAGUUAUGAUUUGUCUAAUCGAUACUGUAAGGUCAAAAGGUCGUAAUUUUUGUCAUUAUUUAAAAUUGAAAAAAAUCGUAUCUCAAUUUCUAUCAUCUAUGAAAUGGCUCUACUAGGCAAAGUACAUCAUUAACACUAGUGUUCGUCCAGUGGUGGAAAAUGUUCGAUGUAAUUUUUAUUUUAUUCUUAUUUCUAAAUUAUUUUUAUAGAUAUAAAAUGAAAAUCCUUUCACAAACAGAAGAAAAAGUUCAUGAACUAUUUUGUCUUUGCCUAUUUAUAAAAAGAUUAGUUUCCAUAGAAACAGAAAAGGAGAAAUAUGCACGUUAUACUAAUGAAAUAUAAUAAAUAAAGAAGUUUUUAAUUUUUUUUUAACUACAUACUUAAUCGUUUUAACAUACGACCUUUUGGACUAACAGAAACUAUAUGAUAGUGUGUAAUUUCAUUAAAAAACUAACGUAAUAAUGCAAGAUAUUAAAGUACAUAACAUAACCUCAAAUUUUAUAAAUAAGUUGGCCUUUUUAUAUAUAACCGUACAAAAUUAUAGACGAAACACAAAGCGUUUUAUGUUCGUAUUGCAAAAAUAUAUGAUGUUCUUACAAAAAUAUGAAUAAUUACGUGUCUUCGUCAUUAUAUAAUGUGUUUCAAAUUUAAUAAUAUAAUAUAAAUAUGUAUAAUGUACUUAUCCAAUUGCAUUUGUUACGUAUAUUGCAAAUCAUGUUUUUUUUUAAUAAUUCAAUUUAUGUAUUUAGCGUUUUGCAUCAUGAAUAUUCACUAAUAUGUAAAUAAAAAAAUCACAUAAAAAAUAUUCAUAAAUAUUUUAGGCUAUGAGUGCCAUUAAUGUUAUUUUGUUUUACUCUUUAUAUACAUCGAUUUUUAUUCGAAAUGCGUAAAACUUAUUUUUUUUAUGUAAGAAUUAUAUUAGUUAUUUUUUGUAUAUACAUAGGUGUAAUGGUAGGAUGAAUCUCUAAGUCUAUUUUAAAAAUAAUAAACAACGAUUGUAUUUCAUUAAUUUCAUUUUUAUACAUAUAAUAUUUUAAAAUAUAGUUUGUAAUUAUUAAAACAAAUGUAUAUAA